AUGGCAGGGGGCCUCUCAAAACCCAUACUCAGAGCUGUGCCAAGAAACGUGGUAACCAUUGAGAAGCAGGUAACUCUACUUUGUGAAGGCCCCUUAGAUGCCCAGGAAUACCAUUUCUAUAAAGAAGGUAACCCAGAUUCCCAGGUAACAACAGCUCAUGAAGACACUGAAAAAAAUGACAAGAUCUUUAUCUCAUCCAUUAAAAGUCAUGAAGCAGGCCAGUAUCGGUGUUAUUAUAAAAGCCCUGAUGGCACAUCUGAACACAGUGACACCCUGGAGUUGGUGGUAACAGGUAUCUACAACAAACCCACCCUGUCUGUACUGCCAAACCCUGUUGUUGCCUUAGGAGGAUCUGUGACCAUUUCAUGUACCUCAAAUCAGGGAUAUGAUGGGUUCAUUUUAAUUAAGGAUGAGCAGUUCUACAGAUCCAUGGACUCACAAUAUGUAUAUACUGGUCAGUCUCCAGUGUCUACUACAAACCCACCCUGUAUGCCCUGCCAAACCCUGUUGUAA